AUGUGGUCCCUAUUGACGGUAUACCUGCUCACUCAACUCACUGUGACAGCUCAGAACAUCACCUCUUCCUCAGCGUCAGCCAGUUCCAGCUUCUCCCCCACUCCCGUGACUACCUCUGUGCCAAGUCCUACGGGUUCGCUAAACGAUACUGUCCCGGGUCAGAACGGUUAUCCUCCUGCCCAAUAUUGGUGUAAAGCGGGAAGCAACGAGCCAUUCUGCGCAGGUCAACUACUACAAGAUGUAGAAUUAUCCGGCAUCUUUGGAGACUCGAAGACCUUCCCGGACAAACCAACCCUUCACAAUCUCAGCGAAACCUACGCAGCCUUCAAUCAACUCCCAGCUAAUGUCACCGUAGGCCAGAUCGAACAGUUUGUGGAACAAUACUUCAAAGGAGAAGGACUGGAACUUGAACAAGUGCCCAUCGAAGGGUUCAACUCUACUCCGGCUUUACUGAACAAUAUCUCGGACCCGAUUUACCAAGGCUGGGUCAGUGUGGUGAAUAGUUAUUGGACUCUCUUGAUCCGUCAAACCAACCAAUCCGCACUAUGUAACGGGGACUGCGAAUCUUCACUCAUCCCACUGAACAAUACCAUCGUCGUCCCUGGUGGUCGCUACCGAGAGAUUUACUAUUGGGAUAGUUACUGGAUUCUCCAAGGUCUAUUGAAAUCCCAGCUGUUCGAAUAUGCCACCGAUCUCUUGACAAACUUCAUGGAUUUCAUCUCGGUAUACGGUUUUGUCCCUAAUGGCGGAAGGAUCUACUACCUUAAUCGGUCCCAGCCGCCUAUGUUUGUGCAGAUGUUGGAUGCUUAUAUACAAGAAACGGGCAAUCUGACGAUGUUAGAACGAGCCCUUCCGUUGGCCUCGGCCGAAAUGUUGUGGUGGUAUAACAAUCGAUCUAUAACGGUGACAUCGCCAUAUACUGGGUUGAAUCGGACGGUAUAUCAUUAUAGUGUGACGAAUACGGCUCCUCGACCAGAAGGAUACCAAGAAGAUUACGAAACCGUCAUGGGGACCACACCAACUCUGAACGACACAGGAAAAGCAGAUCUAUACUCCGAACUAGCCUCUGGUGCCGAGUCGGGAUGGGAUUACUCAGCUCGCUGGUGUAAACAGCCGGUGAUCAAUCUUUCUGAUAAUAACCCCGCUUUGAGGACUUUGAACGUUCGGGCUAUCGUGCCGGUGGAUUUGAAUUCGUUACUGGCGGGUGAUCAUGCUCUUCUCGCGAAUCUCUACGAAGUCUACGCUAACUCGACCAAUUUCAUCAAUUCCACAGAUUCAGGCAACUCCACCGGUUCCGCUAAUUCCACAGAUUCAAGCAACUCCACCACGGCAUAUCACCGACAAAUGGCUUCCAACCUCUCCGACGCCAUUCUCGACCUUCACUGGGACCCUGCGAAAUCAUGGUUCUACGACUUUAACCUAACUUCGAAUAAUCGUUCCGAGCUCUACACGCCGGCGGGUACCAUCCCUUUGUGGCAGAAUAUAACCCCUCCCGAAGUUGUGGGCAACGAUACGGCGGCGUUGUCUGUCGUCUCAGGGGCCAGGUACUUGUUAGGAAAGUAUCCGGGUAUACCUAGUGUGGCUACGUUGUUGUAUACCGGUUUGAAUUGGGACUUUCCCAACUCCUGGCCUCCACAUGUUUAUACUUCGAUCAAAGCGUUCGAAACAUUAGGAAGGGUCAAUCCUAACGCUUCUGUCUUGACCAACUUGACUUUGAGUUUCGACAAUGUCACCACUGGCCAACUGGGAUUGAACGAGUCUCAAUUGCAACCACAAGAUCCGAGUUUGGGAGGUAAUACCACGUUACAAGUUCAGAACACCGAGGGAAAGCCAUGGCCUUUGGCCUUGAGCGUGGAAUGGGCUGAGAGGUAUAUGCAAGCGGCGUUUUGUACUUGGUAUUCCACCGGUGGUGAGAUUCCCAAUCUUCUCACCCAACUCCCCAUCUCUCAACUCAACGCUUCCGGCACUUACACCGCCGGCACCACCGGCGUCAUGUUUGAAAAAUUCAACAUCACCGAUCCUGACGCUUCUGGUGGAGGUGGGGAAUACACGGUUCAAGUGGGUUUCGGAUGGACCAACGGUGUUGUUUUAUGGUUGGCCAAUGAAUUCGGACAAUAUUUACCUCAACCUAAUUGUCCUUUGAUACCGAUCAUCGAAUUGGAGAAUGGGAAGAAUGUGACUGUGUUUGGAAAUGGGACAGAGGUGAAUGGGACUGUUUAUGGGAAUGGAACUCAGAUGGGUAUAUAUACUGGUUAUCGGAUUCCGAGGAAGUGAAAACAAGUUUAAGAGUUGUCUUGCUUCGGGUGUUGGGAAAAAUGGGAGGAUUGUACAUUAAUUUUGGUUGAUACUGCAAAGUGAUUUCGAUCGAGAGAAAAUGCAUUAUCUUGUAUUGGUUUGA